UGGUAAAAAAAAAGAAAAGAAAAGAAACAGCCAUCCCAGAGAGCAGAGCAGUCUUGCAUCCUUCGUCGUCGAUCCGUCUGAAUAACCACACAAGCUCACAUUCGUAAGCUCUUUCGAAAAGAGACCAAGAAAAUGGACACCACAGGGGCUAAAGUGCUGGAGACAGCUGAAGACAUCCAAGAGCGCCGACAGCAGGUGCUAGACCGCUACCGACGUUUCAAGGAUCUCUCGAUUAUGCGCCGGACGAAGCUGGAGGAUUCAUACCGCUUUCAGUUCUUCCGCCGCGACGCCGAUGAGUUGGAGAAGUGGAUCCAGGAGAAGCUACAGAUCGCCUCUGAUGAGAACUACAAGGACCCUUCCAACCUGCAGGGUAAGCUGCAGAAACAUCAGGCCUUUGAAGCUGAAGUUCAGGCCAACGCUGGGGCAAUUAUUAAACUGGAUGAUACUGGAAACCUUAUGAUCAGCGAAGGCCACUUCUCCUCUGAGACCAUUCGAACUCGUCUUGAGGAGCUGCAUCGCCUAUGGGACCUUCUGCUGCAGAGAACCAAGGAGAAGGGUAUGCGUCUCCUGCAGGCCCAGAAACUGGUCCAGUACCUGCGUGAGUGUGAAGAUGCCCUGGACUGGAUUACUGACAAGGAGGCCAUGGCCACCUCUGAGGAGCUAGGCCAGGACCUGGAGCAUGUGGAGCUUCUGCAGAAGAAGUUUGAGGAAUUCCAGACUGACCUGGCUGCCCACGAGGAACGUGUGAACGAGGUGAACCAGCUGGCAGCCAAGCUGAUACAGGAAGCCCAUCCUGAAGCUGAGCUCAUAGUUCGCAAGCAGGACGAGGUCAACGCAGCCUGGCAGCGCCUGAAGGGACUAGCUCAGCAGAGGCAGGGCAAGCUGUUUGGGGCUGCUGAGGUGCAGCGCUUCAACAGGGAUGUGGAUGAGACCAUCAGUUGGAUCAAGGAGAAGGAGCAGCUGAUGGCCUCUGAUGAUUUUGGUCGUGACUUGGCCAGUGUGCAGGCUCUGCUUCGCAAACAUGAGGGUCUGGAGAGAGACCUUGCUGCCCUGGAAGAUAAGGUCAACACACUGGGUGGUGAUGCAGAGCGCCUGCAGCAGACACAUCCACAAAAUGCCUCCCAAAUCCAUCUAAAGAAGGAUGAACUCAUCACCAACUGGGAACAGAUUCGCACUUUGGCCGCUGAGCGCCACGCCCGCCUGAACGACUCCUACCAUUUGCAGCGUUUCACUGCUGACUUCAGGGAUCUGACCAGCUGGGUGACAGAGAUGAAAGCCCUGAUCAAUGCUGAUGAACUUGCCAAUGACGUGGCUGGAGCUGAGGCUCUACUAGACCGCCACCAGGAGCAUAAGGGAGAGAUUGAUGCCCAUGAAGACAGCUUUAGAGCUACUGAUGAAGCUGGCCAGGCCUUGCUCAAUACAGGACACUACGCCUCUGAGGAGGUCAAGGAAAAGCUGGGCAUCCUUGCUGAGGAGAAGGAGUCUCUGCUGGAGUUGUGGGAGGUUCGCAGGCAACAGUAUGAGCAGUGCAUGGACCUGCAGCUCUUCUACAGGGAUACUGAGCAAGUUGACAACUGGAUGAGCAAACAAGAGGCUUUCCUCCUGAAUGAAGACCUUGGUGACUCCCUGGACAGUGUAGAGGCACUGCUGAAGAAACAUGAGGACUUUGAGAAGUCGCUUAGUGCCCAGGAAGAGAAGAUCACUGCCCUGGAUGAGUUUGCUACCAAACUAAUUCAGAACAACCACUAUGCCAAAGAGGAUGUCGCAACCCGCAGAGAUGCUCUGCUCAGCCGCCGUAACGCCCUGCAUGAGCGUGCUCAGUCUCGUCGUGCUGCCCUGGAGGACUCUUUCCACCUGCAGCAGUUCUUCAGGGACUCAGAUGAGCUCAAGAGCUGGAUCAACGAGAAGAUGAAGACUGCCACAGAUGAGGCUUACAAAGACCCCUCUAACCUGCAGGGCAAGGUGCAGAAGCACCAGGCUUUUGAAGCUGAGCUGUCAGCUAAUCAGAGCCGCAUUGAUGCCCUGCAGAAGUCUGGUCAGGAGCUGCUGGAUGGAAAGCAUUAUGCCUCCACUGAGGUGGCUGGCCGCAUGGAGGAGGUCAGCACCCAGUGGAAGAAACUGCUGGAGGCCACCGAGCUCAAAGGCAUCAAGCUCAGAGAGGCCAACCAGCAGCAGCAGUUCAACAGGAACGUAGAGGACAUUGAGCUGUGGCUGUAUGAAGUUGAGGGUCACUUAGCUUCAGACGAUUAUGGAAAAGACCUGACCAGUGUCCAAAACCUGCAGAAGAAACAUGCACUGCUGGAGGCUGAUGUGGCUGCUCACCAGGAUCGCAUUGAUGGCAUAACAAUCCAGGCUCGCCAGUUCCAAGAGGCUGGACACUUUGACGCUGAGAACAUCCGCAAGAAACAGGAGGCUUUAGUGAUGCGUUAUGAAGCUCUGCGUGAGCCCAUGACUGCACGCAAGCAGAAACUGUCAGACUCUCUUAGGCUCCAGCAGCUUUUCAGAGAUGUGGAAGACGAGGAAACUUGGAUCCGUGAGAAAGAGCCCAUUGCUGCCUCUACUAACAGAGGCAAAGACCUGAUUGGUGUUCAAAACCUGCUGAAGAAGCACCAGGCCCUGCAGGCUGAGAUAACCGGUCAUGAGCCCCGUAUCAAGGCUGUCACCCAGAAAGGAGAGGCCAUGGUCGAGGAAGGACACUUUGCUGGGGAGGAUGUGAAAGUUAAGCUGGUUGAUCUACAUGGACGCUGGGACACACUGAAGGCUAAGGCCUCUCAGAGGAGACAGGAUCUGGAGGACUCUUUGCAAGCCCAGCAGUACUUUGCUGAUGCCAACGAGGCGGAGUCUUGGAUGAGGGAGAAGGAGCCCAUUGUGGGGAGCACAGAUUAUGGCAAAGACGAGGACUCUGCUGAGGCUUUGCUGAAGAAGCAUGAGGCCUUGAUGUCUGACCUCAGUGCCUACGGUAGCAGCAUCCAGGGUCUGAAGGAACAGGCCCAGUCUUGCAGGCAACAAGUGGCCCCAACUGAUGAUGAGACCGGGAAGGAGCUGGUCCUAGCCUUGUACGACUACCAGGAGAAGAGUCCCCGUGAAGUAACCAUGAAGAAGGGGGACAUCCUCACCCUGCUCAACAGCACCAACAAGGAUUGGUGGAAGGUGGAGGUGAAUGAUCGCCAGGGCUUUGUUCCUGCUGCGUAUGUGAAGAAGCUGGACCCUACCCAGUCCUCUUCCAGGGAAAACCUGCUGGAGGAACAUGGCAGCAUUGCACUGCGCCAAGACCAGAUUGAGAAUCAGCUUGUCACCAAGGAGGCCUGCAGCGUGUCUGUGCGCAUGAAGCAGGUGGAAGAGCUGUAUGGUACUCUGUUGGAGCUGGGAGAGAAACGCAAGGACAUGCUAGAGAAGAGCUGCAAAAAGUUCAUGUUGUUCCGUGAGGCCAAUGAGCUACAGCAGUGGAUCAAUGAGAAGGAGAGCGCUCUCACUAAUGAAGAGGUCGGCUCUGACCUGGAGCAGGUUGAGGUCUUGCAGAAGAAGUUUGACGACUUCCAAAAGGACCUUAAGGCCAAUGAGUCUCGCCUGAGGGACAUCAACAAAGUGGCAUCUGAGCUGGAGUCUGAAGGCCUCAUGGCUGAGGAGGCCCCCAUGGUUCAGGCUCAGCAGCAAGAACUGGUUGGUGCUGCUCCCGGCAAGGAUGAAGCUGAUUCCAAGACUGCAUCUCCAUGGAAGAACAUACGCUUGGCUGUUCAAACAACGGCUAACUUUAAUACUAUCAAGGAGCUGAAUAAUCGCUGGCGGUCCCUGCAGCAGCUGGCUGAAGAAAGGAGCAACAUGCUGGGCAGUGCCCAUGAGGUGCAGCGAUUCCACAGGGAUGCUGAUGAGACUAAAGAGUGGAUUGAGGAGAAGAACCAGGCCCUCAACACUGACAACUAUGGUCAUGACUUGGCCAGUGUCCAGGCUCUGCAGCGCAAACAUGAAGGCUUUGAGAGAGACCUGGCAGCCCUGGGUGAUAAGGUGAACUCUCUUGGGGAGACAGCAGAGCGUCUGAUCCAGUCCCACCCUGAGGCAGUAGAUGACAUCCAGGAGAAAUGCACUGAGCUGAACACUGCCUGGAGCAGCCUGGUGGGACGUGCUGACCAGCGCAAAGACAAACUUGGCAACUCCCACGACCUUCAGCGCUUCCUCUCUGACUUCAGAGAUUUGAUGUCCUGGAUUAAUGGCAUACGAGGGCUGGUGUCCUCGGAGGAGCUGGCCAAAGACGUGACCGGAGCUGAGGCCCUUCUGGAAAGACACCAGGAACACCGCACAGAGAUUGAUGCUCGUGCCGGUACCUUCCAGGCCUUUGAACAGUUUGGUCAGCAGCUGCUGGUGCGAGGCCACUAUGCUAGUCCUGAGAUUCAGCAGAAACUAGAAGCUCUAGACCGUGAGCGUGCUGACCUAGAAAAGGCCUGGGUGCAGCGUCGCAUGAUGUUGGACCAGUGCCUCGAGCUCCAGCUCUUCAACCGAGACUGUGAGCAGGCUGAGAACUGGAUGGCAGCUCGUGAAGCCUUCCUUGCUAGUGACGACAAGGGUGACUCCCUGGACAGUGUGGAGGCCCUCAUCAAGAAACAUGAAGACUUUGACAAGGCCAUUAACGUGCAGGAGGAGAAGAUUGCUGCUCUGCAGUCCUUUGCUGACCAGCUGAUUGGAGCCGACCAUUACGCCAAACCUGAGAUCUUCAACCGCCGCAAUGAAGUACUCGACAGGUGGCGCCGGCUGAAGGCUCAGAUGAUCGAAAAGCGUUCCAAGCUGGGUGAAUCCCAGACCCUGCAGCAGUUCAGCAGGGAUGUGGAUGAGAUUGAGGCUUGGAUCAGCGAGAAGCUGCAAACUGCAACCGAUGAGUCCUACAAAGACCCUACCAACAUCCAGCUGUCCAAGCUGCUGAGUAAGCAUCAGAAACAUCAGGCAUUUGAGGCCGAGCUGCACGCCAACGCAGACCGAAUCCGUGGGGUCAUUGAUACUGGCAACACUCUGAUCCAGAGAGGAGCCUGUGCCGGCAGCGAGGACGCAGUCAAGGCGCGCCUCAACGCUCUGGAUGAACAGUGGCAGUUCCUCGUCAACAAAUCUGCAGAAAAGAGCCAGAAACUCAAAGAGGCCAACAAGCAGCAGAAUUUCAACACAGGCAUCAAGGACUUUGACUUUUGGCUCUCUGAGGUGGAAGCUCUUCUUGCCUCUGAAGAUUAUGGCAAAGAUCUGGCCUCAGUCAACAACCUGCUGAAGAAACACCAGCUGCUGGAGGCUGAUAUUUCUGCCCAUGAGGAUCGUCUGAAGGAUCUGAACGGCCAGGCUGACAGCCUGAUGGCCAGCAAUGCCUUCGAUACCUCACUGGUGAAGGAUAAGCGUGAUGCCGUCAACAGCCGCUUCGCCAAGAUCAAGAGCAUGGCUGCCGGUCGCCGGGCCAAACUCAAUGAGUCCCACCGCCUGCAUCAGUUCUUCAGGGACCUGGAUGAUGAAGAGUCUUGGAUCAAAGAAAAGAAGUUGCUUGUGAGUUCGGAGGACUACGGACGUGAUUUGACAGGAGUACAGAAUCUGAGGAAGAAACACAAGAGACUGGAGGCCGAGCUGGGAGCCCAUGAGCCGGCCAUUCAGUCGGUGCUGGACACUGGGAAGAAGCUGUCUGAUGACAACACCAUCGGCCAGGAGGAGAUUCAGCAGAGGCUCGCCCAGUUUGUCGACCACUGGAAGGAACUCAAAGACCUAUCUGGAGCAAGGGGACAGAGGCUGGAGGAGUCGCUGGAGUACCAGCAGUUUGUGGCGAAUGUGGAAGAGGAAGAAGCUUGGAUUAAUGAGAAGUUGAAUCUAGUGGGAAGCGAGGACUAUGGCGAUACACUGGCUGCUGUGCAGGGCUUGCUGAAAAAGCAUGAAGCAUUUGAGACUGACUUCACCGUGCACAGGGACAGAGUCAACGAUGUGUGUACUAACGGAGAAGAGCUUAUCAAGAAGAACAACCAUCAUGUUGACAACAUCAGUGCCAAGAUGUCUGCUCUGCGAGGCAAAGUGUCUGAGCUGGAGAGGGCAGCAGCUCAGAGGAAGGCUAAGCUGGAUGAAAACUCUGCCUUCCUGCAGUUCAACUGGAAGGCUGACGUGGUGGAGUCCUGGAUCGGUGAGAAAGAAAACAGCCUGAAGACUGAUGACUAUGGCAGAGACUUGUCCUCUGUCCAGACUCUGCUCACCAAGCAGGAGACUUUUGAUGCUGGUCUCCAGGCCUUCCAGCAAGAGGGCAUCACCAACAUUACAGCUCUCAAGGACCAGCUGCUGGCAGCCAAACACGUCCAAUCAAAAGCCAUUGAAGCUCGUCACGCUGCCUUGAUGAAGCGCUGGAACCAGCUGCUGUCCAACUCAGCUGCUCGCAAAAAGAAGCUUCUGGAGGCUCAAGAGCACUUCAGAAAGGUUGAGGACUUGUUCCUGACAUUUGCCAAGAAGGCAUCAGCCUUCAACAGCUGGUUUGAGAAUGCAGAGGAGGAUCUAACGGACCCGGUUAGGUGCAACUCUCUGGAGGAGAUCCGGGCACUGCGUGAAGCCCACGAAGCCUUCCGCUCCUCGCUAAGCUCAGCUCAGGCCGACUUUAACCAGCUGGCUGAGCUGGACCAGCAGAUCAAGAGCUACCAGGUGGUGUCCAACCCCUACACCUGGUUCACCAUGGAGGCCCUGGAGGAGACCUGGAGAAACCUGCAGAAGAUUAUCAAGGAGCGAGAGCUGGAGCUGCAGAAGGAGCAGAGGAGGCAGGAGGAAAACGACAAGUUGCGUCAGGAGUUUGCGCAGCACGCAAACGCUUUCCACCAGUGGCUGCAGGAGACCAGGACAUAUCUUCUGGAUGGGUCGUGUAUGGUGGAAGAAUCUGGUACCCUGGAGUCCCAGCUGGAGGCCACCAAGCGUAAGCACCAGGAGAUACGGGCCAUGCGCAGCCAGCUGAAGAAGAUUGAAGACCUUGGUGCAGCUAUGGAGGAGGCGCUGAUCUUGGACAACAAGUACACAGAGCACAGCACAGUGGGCCUGGCCCAGCAGUGGGACCAACUGGACCAACUGGGAAUGAGGAUGCAGCAUAACCUGGAGCAACAGAUACAGGCCAGGAACACUACUGGAGUGACAGAGGAGGCCCUGAAGGAGUUCAGCAUGAUGUUCAAGCACUUCGACAAGGAAAAGUCUGGCCGUCUGAACCACCAGGAGUUCAAGUCAUGUCUGCGCUCGCUAGGCUAUGACCUGCCUAUGGUGGAAGAAGGCGAACCUGAUCCUGAGUUCGAGGCCAUACUUGACACUGUGGAUCCCAACAGGGAUGGCAACGUGUCGUUGCAAGAGUACAUGGCGUUUAUGAUCAGCCGCGAGACAGAGAACGUCAAGUCCAGUGAGGAGAUAGAGAGCGCUUUCCGAGCUCUCAGCACAGAGAACAAACCCUAUGUCACUAAAGAAGAGCUCUACCAGAACCUGACCAAGGAGCAGGCAGAUUACUGCCUCUCACACAUGAAGCCCUAUCUCGACAGCAAGGGCCGCGAGCUGCCGUCAGCUUUCGACUUUGUUGAAUUUACCCGCUCGCUCUUCGUCAACUGAUCCCUCGCCCACCAGGGACCAAUCGGGAUGCGUUUUCCCACACACUUCAACACGAACACAUGCCUAAAAACUGCAUGAUUGUGGCACUAGGAAUACUCACUAACAACUGUCUACUAUAUUUAUCUUGCUCUACCCUUAACUCUUUGUGCUUCUCAUGAUAACCUAGUGGAUCUGUUAAUUUUGAAUGUGGUUGUUUUAGCUUGUGCUUUUAACUUUAAGAACCUAAUAGUAACAAUGUUGACAACACCUUUACAACUGCAGUGUGCUUUAAUAAACGCUACUGGUUAGAACUGGAAA